CCUAACUCGUGUUCCGGUGAUAUUUCCCUCCGGACCCCUUUUCUACUUCUUCGACCUUACUAUAUAGAAUGGCGAAGUCUUGGCAGGAACUCGCAGCCAGCAAACGUGAUGCCAUCAUUGCCGCAAUACCGAAGGAAUGGCGUAUUGAGAAUCCGCCUAACGAUAUGCAGGUGGAUGUAACUGGGAAAUAUAUCCAGCAAUACCUUUCGGAACGAGAGGUUGAGAUCACAGAGACAACAGCUGAUGACAUUGUGAAGCACACAAUGGCCGGGAAUUGGACUGCAGAAGAAGUUACCAAAGCGUUCUGCCAUAGAGCAGCGCUUGCACACCAACUGGUUAACUGCCUUCACGAGAUCUUCUUCGACGCCGCUAUCGCUGAUGCGAAGGCUCUGGAUGAGUACUACGCCAAGAAUAAGAAGCCUAUUGGACUGCUACACGGUCUUCCUGUCAGCUUAAAGGACCAAUUUCAUGUCAAGGGUGUCGAGACGACUAUGGGAUAUGUAGGUUGGGUUGGCACGUUUGAAGGGAAAACCGGUACCGGCAAAGAAAAGAAAUUUGAAAGUGAAAUGGUACGGGAAUUGAGGGACUUAGGGGCGGUUCUAUACUGCAAAACGGCUGUGCCCCAUACUCUGAUGAGUGGAGAAACUGUGAACAACAUCAUCGGCUAUACAUGGAAUCCGAAGAACCGGAAUCUGACGUGCGGAGGAUCAUCUGGUGGAGAAGGUGCAUUGAUUGGCCUACGAGGGUCACCUGUCGGCUUUGGAACGGAUAUCGGAGGAUCUAUCCGGAUCCCAGCGGCGUACAACGGUUUAUAUGGUAUUCGUCCUUCGACUGGCCGCAUGCCAUAUGAAGGUAUGGCCAAUAGUAUGGAUGGCCAAAACACCAUUCUAUCCGUCGUGGGGCCCCUCGCAACAACCGUCCCCUCUCUCCGACUCGUCAUGAAAGCUCUCCUCGCCCAAAAACCCUGGCUCCACGACCCUCUCGUCCACGAACUCCCCUGGCGAUACGAGCAAGAGAAAGAAAUCCUCGAACUCAUAGACCCGGUCAGUGACGCUAGCAAAGCCAGAAAGCUCUCCUUCGGAGUCUUCCGCACCGAUGGGAUUGUCAACCCUGUUCCUCCCGUUCGUCGAGCCAUCGGUAUUGUUGUAAAAGCACUCACAGACCUAGGCCAUGAAGUGAUCGAAUGGCAACCUCCUUCCCACACAGGCCUUCUGGACGAGGGUGCCAAAUCAUGGAUCUUCGACGGCGGGGUUGAUGUCAAAUCCGCGUUUGCGCUAUCCGGAGAGCCGCUUGCCGACCAGGUCAAAUUCUACGCUAAACUCGAUAAGGAAUUCUCUGCGUCAGAGAUUGCAGCUACGAAUGUCAAGCUUCGCGAGCUGAAGAAGGAGUAUAUGGAGUACUGGAAUAGUACGGCGGGUAAGACGAGUACGGGAAGGCCGGUGGAUGCCGUGAUUGCACCCCUAGCACCGUUUCCAGCAGCAAGACCAAAAAUGUAUCUGUAUUAUGGGUAUAGUACUUGGGUGAACUUCUUGGAUUAUACGAGUGUUGUGGUGCCGGUUACGAAUGUUGAUAAAAUGAUAGAUGGGGUUGACGACGGCUAUCAACCUGUUGAUGAGAUAGAUAAGGGGGUUUACGAGAGCUAUGAUCCCGCAAUAUAUGACGGUGCUCAUGUAGGCGUGCAGUUGGUAGGGAGGAGGUUGCAGGAAGAGAAAAUGUUGGCGAUUGCUGAGUAUGUUGGGAAGGCAGUCGGUAAGUAGUAAGGUAGAGCUGUUUCUAGCGGGUGGUUUUGCCUUGCUUCUAGCAUGUUGCAUGCUAAUAGCUGC